AACGCGUGUCAAAAUCCAACGUAAAAGACAUCCAUACCAGAUAACAGCUGGUGAGAAAAAAAAGUGGAUUAAUGAAGGGCUCGAGAGCAAUAAAGAGCGCGUGAGAGUUCACCGAGACGCGCAAAUAGAAUGCAGCAAUUUACGUUUUCGCUUGGGGGUAAGCACUUUUAUUUAACAACAAGAGUUGGAAUAAAAGGUAGCCUAUUUUAGGUAAAUGAACUAGUUCAUGUUUUACAUUUUGGAAUAAUAUACAAUUCCGAAUUACGCACGUUAUGACCGCUUAAAUGGAGCAAUGGAUAGUGAUGAGUUGAGUUGUCCUGUUGUAACUUAAUUUCAAUGCUAUUAGAUUUUUUUGUUUAUAAAAUGUGCUAUUCAAGUUUUCUACAUCCAAUUCGCAACAAUGUUCUGCUAAAUUCGAACAUUGACCCGUGUGAGGACACAUCAUGGUCGUAUAGACUUCAGGUCAUUAAUUUAUCCUUUUUUUACAGAUGAACAGCAGGUAUUUAAAGUACAUUCAGAGACCAGGGAUUAGACCCAAAACGAAUUCUACCACCAACAACAUCUGCGCUCUCCUUGAUUAAUCCCGCUCUCUGCGUAUGAACGGCACCUCGAUGGGCUGGACACAUUUAACCCCAGGGAAUAUGCUCUUCGCGGGUGUGCUGCUGGUCGCGCUGUCACGGUUGGACUGUUCUAACGCGUGCCCGCCUCAAUGCCUCUGCUAUGAGCACUCGGACCUGGUGGACUGCCGGGCAAGGGGGUUCUUGCGUGUGCCCCACAACCUGCCACAUGGCACGUGGCUCCUGGAUUUGGGGGGCAACUUGCUGACAGAUGUGAGGACGCAUGCCUUCGCGGGUCUUUGGUCUCUGCGCGUCCUCGUGCUCUCAGACAGUGGCAUCCAACAUCUCCAGCGCCAGGCGUUCUUCUCCCUCUCCUACCUGGAGAAGCUGGACAUGAGCCGCAACCUCCUCCGCCGGCUCCCUCCGGACUUCUCCGACAGCCUGACCGCCCUCCGCGAGCUCCGCCUGGACCACAACACCCUGCUGCAGCUGGACCCCUCCAGCCUGGGCCGCCUGGAGAACCUGGAGAAGCUGGACCUCAGCCACAACCUGCUAGCCUCCCUGGAGCCCGGAGCCUUCAGGGGCCUCUCCCGCCUGCGUCACCUCUACCUGCAGGCCAACCGCCUGGCCUCCCUCCAGCAGGGCUCCCUGACCAUGCUCCCCAGCCUGGAGAUCCUCCAGCUGGGCCAAAACAACAUCUCCCACAUCGACACGGAGGCCCUCGCCCCCCUCCAGAGCCUGGCCGUGCUGGGCCUGGAGGGCAAUGCUCUCCGGCACCUCAAGUUCAAGACCCUCCUCGGCCUGCACACGGCCGUCACCCACCUCCAGCUGGCGGGGAACCCCUGGAGCUGCGACUGCGACCUCCACCGCGUCUUCAGCAAGAUCCUGAGCGUGCGCCACCUCCACGUGGACGACUACCGCAACGUGACGUGCCGCGAGCCUCCGCAGCUGGCGGGGGCGUCGCUGGCCUCUGUGGAGAGCCAGCUGUGCAUGGCCGAGACCGCCACCGUGCUGGUCAUCACGGUCACGGUCCUGGUGACGGUGGUGGCGGCCGUGGUCAUGGCGGAACGCACGCGGAAGAAGAACCAGGGGAAGAGCUGGGGCGGAGAGUCGGGCCGGGAGAAGGACUGAGGGCGGCCUGGUGGGGAUGUGGCCUGGGCAGGGGGGGGAGAAGGACUGAGGGCGGCCUGGUGGGGAUGUGGCCUGGGCAGGGGGGGGAGAAGGACUGAGGGCGGCCUGGUGGGGAUGUGGCCUGGGCAGGGGGGGGAGAAGGACUGAGGGCGGCCUGGUGGGGAUGUGGCCUGGGCAGGGGGGGGAGAAGGACUGAGGGCGGCCUGGUGGGGAUGUGGCCUGGGCAGGGGGGGAGAAGGACUGAGGGCGGCCUGGUGGGGAUGUGGCCUGGGCAGGGGGGGGAGAAGGACUGAGGGCGGCCUGGUGGGGAUGUGGCCUGGGCGGGGGGGGGAGAAGGACUGAGGGCGGCCAGGUGGGGAUGUGGCCUGGGCAGGGGGGGGAGAAGGACUGAGGGCGGCCUGGUGGGGAUGUGGCCUGGGCGGGGGGGGGGGAGCACGAACUGAGGAGGGCUGUUGGUGUCGUGGGAUUGAGCUGAGUUUGCACAAGGACGCUUUUUCAAACCAUGAGACAUUGUUCCUAACUUCUAUGCUACCUGUCUUUAAGUUGGACUUUGCGUGUUGAGUAACUUGUUUCGUGUUUGUUCAGUUGCUUUGCUUGUUGCUGUGUCAAUCGAUUUAGCUGCAUUUUUUAACUCCGCGCCGUUUUGGCUUGAUAUCAUAUUUUGUACACACAUAUUGUACUUCAAUACAUAUUUUGUAUCAAAGGAUAUAUUUGAUGGGAAGCACCAACAGUAUCAAGUGUAAUUAUUUUCAGUGACAGGUCAUACGAGAUGGAUUUGAAAUGUCAAGGUCCACAGUCUGUUUUACACUAGGUUCUAUCUGAAUAAAUAUUAACACACAAACUGGGGGCACGGCGUGAAGUUUCUGUUGGGACGGUGCUGUUGGUGUUGGUCGUGGUCUGAGAGGCUGCUAUCCAGGUCACAGGGAUAACAGGGAAACAUAUGGCUCUGGCCUCAACCACUCCAGCACCAGAUUACUGCUGUGCUUCACUCAGGGGCUGCAUGAUUAAACCUCACACGAGGCAGAGAACAGACUGCUCUAAUCUCCCUCCGCACACCAGGACGCGUGGCCGCGCCCUCAUCUGUGGGCAGGAGCUUUGAUCGCCCUUCUAUCCCCUGUCUCCCUGAAGGGCUCUCUCACGCGCUCCGGCGAGGAUUAAAGGCGUGAGAUUAUUGGGAUGGAGAUAGAAGCCGCCAUGGUUUUAUUCGCUGGUACUUUAAUCAAGCAGCCACAAGAAGGACAUGAGCGAUUGUGGGAGAAGAGUUAGAUGACUAGACCACUUGUUGUGAGGCGACUUCCAGGGACAUGUUGGGUGCGGUGCUGGGGCAAGUCAGCCAGUCAUAACAGAUCACAACACAAAGAGCACGGAAAAUAGUUUGAAACCACACUGUCCAUCACGGCGGUGGUUGGAUUAUGACGUCAUAACUCAUCUGACCUUUGACCCACCCCCCCCAGGCUGGCAGAUGGACAUGUUGGAACAGGGUUGCUGGACAUGGAAAUAUGGCCAGUGGGAAUCCUCUUUUCCUUCUCAGUCUGUCAGAUCUUUUAGAGCAAGUCCACAGUUUGUUUACAUGAUGUAUGUUUCAAUCCAGCAUGGAUGGCAUUGAGUACUUUGAGAAGUUUGACAGGGAUCACAAGCAAAAUCCAAAUUCACAUCAAUAUUGAAUCGUAACAUAGAAAUGACCUUUACUUUACCAGCAGGUGUGUCCUAUGCUAUCAAGGUCAUUGUUACCUAACAACACAUCCCAUAAUUAAGUCGAGGGUUACACAAACGACCACACUGUCU